AUGGCUCAAGAAUUCCCCAUCGUCUUUACCAUCGGCAACUCCUCGUCUAGACACGAGGUCAUGCUCAUCAAUGCUGGACUUGGCAUUAAGAACCUGAGCGAUCGCAUUCAAGAGCUUGCCUCGUCAUCCGCCAACUGCGCCGAAGCCCUGGCCAAAUACAAGAAGAAGAGCGAAGCUGAAAAGGUGACCGAGAUCAAGGUCCGCUGGGCCGCCGAAGGAAGGGACAGCAAGCUCUUCCCCAAGACCACGGUUCUUACUGGCGAAAACUGCAAGGCUGUCCUCUCCCUCAUCAGCCUUCACGGAGGAAAGGACAUUCUGGAAGUCACUCUUGAAUCACCUCCAUCAUCAACCGAGGACUCGAAGGAUUCGAAGGAGUCGAAAGAUCUACCAGAUCGUACCAAGUAA